AUGCUUCUUUCUCCAGCUGCUUCAAAUGCCAGUCUCCCCUCCCAGGGCUUCUGGGGCCGGUUCAAGACUCCCAGGAACAAGGAGCAGCAGCUGCCGCAGAAACAGCCAGAGAUGGCCCUCGCCAGGCAGCGCCUCCUUACCCUCGCCUUCGGCGACAUGGAGACAAUCCGCAUGCUUCCCCCAUCGUUCAUGGAACUCGAUGGGCUGGCUCGAGACUGGAUCAAACCUCCCCCAGAUGCCAUCUACAGCCUCCGGGUCCCUACCGAGUUUGCCUCGCUCCAUGCUGCACGACUGGUCGCAGGGCCGUAUAUCUACCUGACGGGAGAGGACUCCUAUCAAAUCGCCACGAUGGGGGUGCAGGGUUUGCGAGUAGAGAUCGUCAGUGAUGGUCCGCCCCCGCCCGAGGAUGAGCCUCCGCCUCCGCCUGUACUCGAGAUGCCGGCGACCUUCAGUUUGGAACUUACUCCGGGUCAACACGUUGCGCUAGACACAACAGUGACAUCAGACGAGCUGGACAUGGCCCGGAUGGAGGACGGAACGACGGUUGACGGCACCUUCUGGGGCAAGCUCGACAUCGUGCACUCGGGCGACACGCACAAAAUGGACUUCUCCGGGACGCGCCUCACGAAUACGGAGAACGUCUCGACAGACCUCAUCGUCGACGCGCGCGUCAUCAACAAGCUCGCCGCGGUCGCGAAGCCCUCGACGGCCAAGUGCCACCUCAGCCUCCUCGCGCCAACACAGCAGUACGUCGACAUCAUGCUCUCCCUAUCGCCCUACUGGAAAUUGGGCAUCACCUGGCCGCCGGCUGAGCCGGUUGACGAGAACAAGUUCAAGUACUUCGUGCGCGUGCACCCCGGCGGUGCCAUGGAGCAUUUCGAGACCGAAACGACUGUAACGUCCUUGUAUUACGAAGCGGUACCCGACCCUUCCAUGGUAGACCCGAGCGACUUCAUCUCUCCCAGAAAUAGUUACGCAUUGAGCUUCCGUGACUUUGUGCCGCAUCUGUUUAGCGUCAUGGGGCAGCUUGGACUGUCUCUGCGCGCCAGGACCGACUUCGUCCAAAGCAACAUGAACGCGUUCACGCAGCACCGGAACAUCGCCUACCGGUUCAUGAGCCCCGCGAAGAUCGCGUCCGCGGUCGACAUCUCUGUGACGGCGGAAAACUGCAUCUUCACCCGGCUGUUUCUGAUGUUCCGCGGCGUGUCCGACGACGACAUGGGCCUGUUCUCAGGCGCGGGCGAGAAGGAGGCGAUCGCGGUCAACUGGCGCGCGCACGUCGGCUGGACGGAGCACAGCAAGGACAACGAGCAGUUCCGCGUGCUCGAGAUCUCCGUCCUCGAGGUGACGUAG